AUGGCGUUCAGACGAGCCUUAACGAGAAUACGAAAUUUUAAAACAACGCAGGGACUUUGCAAAAGAAGUCUCAGUGCUCAAGCUGAAGCAAAGGAAAAUGAGAAAAAACGAACACAUUUUGGAUUCGAAACUAUUAAUGAAGAAGAAAAGACAAAAAAAGUUCACGAAGUAUUUGAGACAGUGGCAGACAAGUAUGACUUAAUGAAUGAUGUAAUGUCUAUGGGAAUUCACAGAAUGUGGAAGGAUAUUUUUAUGCAGAGACUAGCACCUACUCCUGGUACCAAACUUUUAGAUAUGGCUGGAGGAACAGGAGACAUAACAUUUAGGUAUAUAAACUACUUAAGGAACCUAGGCCAUAGAGAUACACAUAAAUCAAGCCAUGUAACUGUAAGUGAUAUAAACCAAGCCAUGUUAGAUGUUGGAAAAGUAAGAGCCGAGAGGCAAGGUUAUACUGGUGAUCCAUCAGUAUCAAUUGAUUGGUUGUGUGCUGAUGCAGAGACACUUCCAUUACCCGAUGACAGUUAUAAUGCUUAUACUAUUGCAUUUGGAAUUAGGAACUGUACUCAUGUUGACAAAGUUUUAGAAGAAGCAUACCGCGUACUUCAACCUGGGGGCCGAUUCAUGUGUUUAGAGUUUAGUCAGUUGCCAAACACACAACUGCAAUGGAUUUAUGACCAAUAUUCUUUCCAAGUGAUUCCAGUACUAGGGCAGCUAGUAGCCGGUCAGUGGAAGCCAUAUCAGUACCUGGUCGAGAGCAUCAGACAGUUUCCUGACCAAGAAACUUUCAAGACAAUGAUUGAAAAUGCUGGCUUCAGACAGGUCACAUCCCACAAGAUCCCUGAGGGCGGUGAGUGCGCGCGUCCUAUCCUUUCGUUUGUAUCCUAUCCAUAUCCUAGAUCCCGAUCCGACUCACACCUCCAGACCACGCCACAACGAGCCCAAUCCGAUCCAAUCCAUAGAGGAUGA